CUCGUGCCAGACGCGUCGCGAUAAUCGCGCACUCCUCUUCUUCCCGCAGUUCGUCGUGAACUCGCGCGUGCGGAGGGGUGUUCCGGGUUUUCUCGUAUGCUUGUGUGGGACAUUCUCGGGUUCCUCGGACAGCUGUCGAAGGUUGUUGUUCGCGUCCGUGGUGUGCAAAGAGGAAAAUCACGCGUCGUCGUAUCCCAACAAUCGCCCAAGAUAGAGUAACGUGUAAAAUGCGUGCGAUGAAUGCAAUCACUUGACAAGUUGCAACGUUUUGAUUCUUGAUGCGCUGGCACAAUAUUUUGUCGUAAACAACCGUAACCGGAAUAAUAUACAAAACUUACGGUGUAAUCUUUUAAAUUGCGAGAGUGUGACAGAGUCGCUGCUGUUCGAGCCGAAUGGUUUAGCGCACUUUGCAAUUAUCAUUCGCAAACAAAAAUGAUCGUCAAGAACAAAUCCUGUCGAUUGCACACUGUUUAAGUUAAAGUGAAUGCAAGCUUCAUCUCACAGCACAAUGGCAAUUGGAAAUGUUAUCUGUGGUACAAAUGCCCCAAAAGUGAAGAAAAAGAAAGUUAAGACAACUGAACGCAGUUGGAUAGAGGCGACAUUUCAAAAGAGAGAAUGUACAAAGUUUAUUCCAAGUGCAGAGGAUGAUCGUAGGCUUGUUCAAGUACAGGGAGAUACAAAUGCAGAGUAUGAUGUGAUCACUUCUUCCAGAUGUUGCUGUGGCAAUUCAUACACCCAUCAUUGUGGAACCGGGGCGGAUGUUCAGAGUUAUACUGACAUUAAAGAGAAAGAGAAGGAUCGCGAGCAAUGGUCUCCUGGAAAGAAUACUCGUCCCUUUCCCACUGAUGCAUACGGUACCAUAGAAUUUCAGGGUGGUCCGCAUCCUACAAAAGCACAAUAUGUAAGAUUGGCUCAUGAUACGCGGCCAGAGCCGAUUGUACAACUCUUAUGUCGAGAGUGGAACUUAGGUCUGCCCAAAUUAUUGAUCACGGUCCAUGGUGGUCGAUCAAACUUUGAACUUCAGCCUAGUCUGAAGAAGAUUUUACGGAAGGGCUUAUUGAAAGCUGCUAAAACAACAGGAGCAUGGAUAUUCACAGGAGGAACAAACACGGGUGUUACACGACAAGUCGGUGACGCGUUGUUGUUGGAACGUUCUCAGCGACAGGGCCGCGUAGUGAGCAUUGGUAUAGCACCUUGGGGAAUUUUAGACAAAAGCCAUGAGCUAAUUGGUCGCGGUGGCGAAGUAUCGUACGAUUGCGUUUCUUCGCCAUGGACCAAGUACACAGUAUUAAAUAAUCGACACGCUUACUUUUUACUAGUAGACAAUGGUACUGGCGGUCGAUACGGCGCAGAAAUUGUUCUUCGUAGAAGAUUAGAGAAAUAUAUCUCAAAUCUAAAGUUACAACCAUAUACUCACAGCAGCAUACCUGUAGUUGCUUUAGUCAUUGAAGGAGGAACAAAUACUAUCCGCGCGGUUUUAGAAUACGUGACAGAUGAUCCUCCUGUGCCUGUGGUAGUUUGCGAUGGCUCGGGACGUGCGGCCGAUCUAAUUGCUUUUAUGCACAAAUGGAGAGAUGGUCAGACCGGUGACGGAGAAGGGCCGCUCGAGGGAGUCAAGGAACAAGUUAUAGAAACGAUUAAACGCACGUUUCAAGUUUCCGUUGAACAGGCUAACCAACUCUGUUCAGAACUAUUGCAAUGUACACGAAAGAAACAUUUGAUCACAGUGUUUAGGAUAUCGCAGGACAGGCCGCAAGAGCUCGAUCAAACUAUACUGACAGCUUUGUUUAAAUCAAAACAAUUAUCCCCAGCUGAACAGUUGUCUCUUUCUUUAAUAUGGAACCGGGUAGACAUCGCCCGAAGUGAGAUUUUUGUGUACGGUCAAAAAUGGCCGUCUGGUGCUCUGGAUCAAGCCAUGAUGCAAGCGCUUCAGCAUGAUAGAAUAGACUUUGUGAAACUCCUGUUAGAAAACGGUGUUUCCAUGCGGAAAUUUUUAUCAAUACCUCGUCUCGAAGAGUUGUACAAUACGAAAGAAGGACCGUCGAACACAUUAGGUUACAUUUUGCGCGACGUACGGCCAAAUAUUCCGCGAGGUUACAUGUACACGCUGCACGACAUCGGUCUCGUAAUUAACAAACUGAUGGGCGGCGCUUAUCGCGCACAAUAUACGCGUAGACGAUUUCGCGUCAUCUAUACGAAAGUGAUGAAGAGAUCCGGUGGUGCUCAUCAACAGCACAUGCACCGGAACAGUUGCGUUCCGACUUGCAAUACGCGCUAUUACGCGGGUUCGGGCAGCAAGUCUGACAGCUUGACCAUGAGCCUGCUCGCCGAGACACUACCAGCUAAUCGCGAUACACCUCUCUUUGAUUACCCGUUCAAUGAGCUGUUGAUUUGGGCUGUGUUAACAAAACGUCAGCAAAUGGCUCUUCUGAUGUGGCAGCAUGGAGAAGAGGCGCUGGCCAAGGCGCUGGUCGCGCUAAAAUUGUACAAAGCGAUGGCGCACGAGGCGGCCGAGGAUGAUUUGGAAACUGAGGUUUAUGACGAGUUGCGUGGAUACGGCAAGGAAUUUGAAAACAUAGCACUUGAAUUAUUGGAUUAUUGUUACCGACAAGAUGACGAUCAGACACAGCAAUUGUUAACUUCGGAACUGCAGAAUUGGUCGGGGCAAACGUGCUUGUCUCUCGCGGUUACGGCGAAUCAUCGACCGUUAUUGGCACAUCCUUGUAGUCAAAUUAUUCUGGCCGACUUAUGGAUGGGAGGUCUUCGUACACGAAAAAAUACUAAUUUAAAGGUGAUCUUGGGAUUGUUUUUUCCUGUAUACAUAACGCGAUUGGAGUUUAAAAGUAGAGAAGAAUUGCAAUUGAUGCCACAGACGCAAGAAGAACAUUUGAUAUCUCUGGAAGACGAGAAAGAAGACAGCGAUUCCGAACACAGUACACCAGCUGGACCGGAUGUUGAGAAACGUCUGCGCAGGAGCCUGAGCAUACGCAACAAAUCCACCAGUCAACAGGGCGUUAAGGCUUUAAUCAGCAACGAGCAUAGUACAACAAUAAUCAAGGAGACGAUUGUCCAAGAAAACGGUAAAGUACUUACGGACAAUGACGAUGGUGUGCAUCGCGUUUACGAUCGUCUUCGACCUGAAUAUUACGAUAACAAAACAACCAGGCCGUUAAGAUUGAGAAAGAAACUGUACGAGUUUUACACCGCUCCGAUAACAAAAUUUUGGGCGAACGCCAUAGCGUAUAUUAUCUUCUUAAUUUUUUUCUCGUAUUGCAUUCUGGUGCGUAUGACCGAGCAACCAUCUUUGGCGGAAAUGUACGCGAUCGCGUAUAUUUGCACGCUCGGAUGCGAAAAGAUACGCGAGAUAGUUAUCGCGGAACCGGCAACGCUCUCGCACAAAUUUAGCGUGUGGGCGUGGAAUAUGUGGAAUCCGUGCGACGCAGCCGCUGUCAUAUUCUUCCAAAUUGGUCUAGCUUUGCGUCUGCGAAAGUCGACCAAAGACAUUGGUCACGUCAUGUACUGCGUCAAUUGCAUGUACUGGUAUCUACGAUUGCUUAACAUCCUCGGUGUCAACAAAUAUUUUGGUCCUCUUGUAACUAUGAUGGGAAAAAUGGUUAAGAACAUGGUAUAUUUUGUGGUGCUUUUAUUGGUUGUGCUCAUGAGUUUCGGUGUGGCCAGACAGGCUCUGUUGGUACGAAAUUCUGAUCCAAAGUGGCGCAUAUUACGAGAUGUGUUUAUGGAGCCGUAUUUCAUGCUCUACGGAGAAGUGUACGCAGAUAACAUAGAUCCUGAUUGCGGAGACGAUCCGGGAAUGAUAUCGUGUCUUCCGGGCCGUUGGAUCACGCCUGCUGCAAUGUCCGUGUAUCUUUUAAUUGCCAAUAUUUUGCUGAUAAAUCUGUUAAUUGCGGUAUUUAACAAUAUUUUCAAUGAGGUGAAUGCUAUAGCUCAUCAAGUCUGGAUGUUUCAACGGUUUACCGUCGUUAUGGAAUACGAGCAGAAACCAGUUUUACCGCCGCCGCUUAUAGCAAUUUGUCACGUAUAUUUACUGCUGAGAUAUUUUCUGAGACACAUUACUCAAGGUAGAAGCGGCACCGGCGAGACCUGCGAUAACGGACUUAAAUUGUUCCUCGAAGCCGACGAUAUGGAACGGCUUUAUGACUUUGAAGAGGAUUGCGUCGAGGGUUACUUUCGUGAACAGGAGCUCAAGUUGCAAAUGUCUACGGAAGAACGUGUGAAAAUUACGACGGAACGCGUAGACAAUAUGCAUCAGAAAAUCGAGGAUAUCGAUAAAAAAGAGAGCACUCAGAACGCAUCUCUUCAGGCAGUGGAAUUUCGUAUUCGCAAACUAGAGGAGCUGAGCCAACAGACUUUGUCGCAUCUUGGAGUGAUACAUCGUUUUAUGGCAACGUAUAUGCCGAACGAGGGCUUAGCCGGUUUAGAGACAUUCGACAGUGUUCGGCAACGUCGAGUGUCCGAGCGAUCGGAAGUUUUUUCCGAAGCCGAUUCUCACUCGCAACUGCCAACAAUCGCGCGGCGCAAGCGGCUUCUUCGUUCUUAUACCGACGCCGCUUUUCUGAGUGUUGGCCAGCCGAUGGAGGACGACGUUCUCAAACUGUCCGAGACGGUGACUUCGCGCGAGAAUCUCAGCAGACAUGAUUCUUCCGUAAGCGUGGACGCUCAUGUUGUUCAGGACGAUCUAAAAACGACUACGAGCAUAGAAACGGAAGGUAGCAAGGACGUUCUUGAGAACGAGGCGGACGGCAAAAAGGAUACACUAUCCGAACGUGAUUUGAGCCGUGAACCUAGUAGAGAAGUGACGAGCAGAGAGACGAGCAGGGAAAUCAGCAUUGAAGCCACCAGCAGGGAAGCAAGCAAGGAGCAGAGCAGAGAAGUUAGCCGAGAAACAAGCAGGGAGCCCAGCAAAGAAGCCAGCAGUGAGAAUCCGCCCUCGGACACCAGACAGGACUCGACGGAACGCACGUUCAGACAAGAUUCCACGGAACAACGUGCGAUCCGACAAGAUUCCGCCGAGACGCGUAGUACGUUCAGACAGAACAGCAGAACCCGAUCGGAAUCGGACGACUUCAUGCUGAUUCAGGCUCCGCCCGGUAUUCAGAGAGGCGUUACUUGGGCAGAGCCUCGCGUGGCUGUUAUCCCGUCGUCCGUCACGUCGGCCGGUAGCGCGCAACGAUCGAUUCUGAUGACGAUGCGCGCCGAGUACACCAGCAUCACAGACGAACUCGAAAGUUACUGCGGUCUCUUGAGCCCGCCGCGAACGCCACCGAUUUCGCCGCCACCGCGUGCGCGCAACAUGUCCGAUCCCGAAAUGGCGUGGCAGAUCGAGAACGAGCAUCUGCGCGACGCGGAAGAGUGCGACUAUCAGCAGAUGGAAGAUUUGAUCCAGCGACGUUACCACGAUGACGGUGACGACGACGACAGACCGUCGUCGGGCACGCACGCGGACGAGGCUGGUGGCGUCGCGUGCUUCUUCAGUAUGACCGAGCAUCGUCAGCUGCGCCGCGCUUCCGCGAUCGACGAGGACUCUCGUAGGCCGCCGCCGACGAUCAGCGUAACUCGCGAAAUCGAGCAAACGCUUGCAAGGCCGCCGAUACGCGACUCGGAAGCAACUGAUUCGAGUGAGAAAAAUCUAACUACUGUACCUGCGCCCGCUUCCGAAACUAUGUGUUGAAUGAAAAGAAACAAUGAAAUUAUGUAUAUUGCUCGUGCGGAGUUUUUUUUCAAAAUCAAAUUUUGACUCGUAAAAUGAUUUACGUGGCUUUUUGAUCAAUUUUUUUAUUAUUGGGUACUUUUGUAUUAAAUUUUGUUUUUAAAUCGAUUGUUUUGUUAUCAA